CCCCGCCGCUCCCCAUGAAGCAGCUGCGGCCUCAGCCGCCUCCGAAAAUGGGGGAUUUCUACGACCCCGAGCACCCGACUCCGGAAGAAGAAGAAAAUGAGGCAAAGAUUGAAAAUGUGCAGAAAACAGGUUUUAUCAAAGGACCAAUGUUUAAAGGUGUUGCUUCAAGUCGAUUUUUGCCCAAAGGCACGAAGACAAAAGUUAAUUUGGAGGAACAGGGGCGGCAGAAGGUGUCAUUCAGCUUCAGCCUUACAAAGAAAACAUUGCAGAACAGAUUUCUCACCGCACUUGGCAAUGAAAAGCAAAAUGAUACUCCAAACUCUGCAGCUAUACCUCUUCAAGUAGACUCAUCCCCUAAAAACAAAAUGGACAGCGGGGAAACCUUAUCUAUUACAGAGGAAUCGUCUCCUCCCAAAUCAAGAGUGGAAUUGGGCAAAAUUCAUUUUAAGAAACAUCUACUACAUGUAACCUCUCGGCCCCAGCUGGCUACUACCACAUCAAUAACGCCUCCAUCUCCUCCCACUGUACACAUACCAGCAGUCAUCGCAGAAUCAAUUAUAGACUCGCCCCCUGCAUCUCCACCUCCACCACCUCCGCCUCCCCAAGCUACAGUACCCUCACCACCAGCACCAAUAGCAGAGCCAGUGGCCUUGCCACAAACACCAGUAAAAGUUCUGGCCGCACCUGUUUCCUCACCAGAGGAUGUAGCAGUUAGAGCUCUGAAAGAACCACCAGUUACCACUGUGCCGGAAUCUUCAGAGGGGGAUAAUAAGCAUGACACUGUAUCGAAUAGUGCAGAAGAGCAGGUAACUGAACAUUUGAAAGAGCAAGUUGAUACUCUCUCGCAGAAAGAAGAUUCCCAUAUUGGGAAGGAGGAAGAAAUUCCGGAUAGUUCGAAGAUUAGUCCGAGCUCUAAGAAACCAGGUUCUAAAAAGAAGUCCUCACCCUUUGAAGGCACCUUUCUUGCUUCAGAAUCUGACGAAGAUUCUGUACGGACUUCAUCAAGUCAGAGAUCACAUGACUUAAAAAGUUCAGCAAGCACUGAGAAGGAAAGAGAUGUGAAAAAGAACUCAGCACCUUUAAAAAACAAUGAGGAUUCAGGGAAAUCGCGCUCUAAAACAGAGAGAGAUGAUAAAUAUUUUAGCUACUCAAAACUUGACCGCGAUCCUCGGUAUGUGUCUUCCCGGUGCAGGCCGGAAAGAGAGCGAAGGCGGAGCAGAUCACGUUCUAGAUCAGACAGAGGCUCCAGAACGACUUUAUCCUAUUCUCGGUCAGAACGGUCUCAUUAUUACGAGUCUGACAGGCGCUACCAUCGAGGGGGUUCCCCUUACCGAGAGAGGACCCGCUAUUCUCGGCCGUACACAGACAACAGGGCGCGAGAGAGUUCCGACUCUGAUGAUGAGCAUAAGAAGACAUACUCGAGGCGUACCUCAUCUCAUUCCUCCUCUUACAGAGACCUAAGGACAUCAUCCUAUUCCAAAUCUGAUCGGGAGUGCAAAAGUGAGAGCUCUUACUUGGAGAUGGAGAGGAGGGGCAAGUAUUCAAAACUAGACAGAGAAACAAAGAGGAUAUCAGAAAAUGAAGCAGUAAAGAGAUGCUGUUCUCCCCCUAGUGAACUGGGCUGCCGAAGGGGGUCAUCCUAUUCCAAGCACGAUACCAGUGCUUCCCGUUACAAAUCUGCCCUUUCAAAACCUAGAUCCAAGUCUGAUAAACUUAAAAAUUCUCUCUGCUGUGCAGAAUCCAAUGAGGAAAGCAAACAGUCUCCUCCUUUUGGCUUACAGACUCCUUGCUUGAAAACUAGUGAAGUCAGAACAAUGACUAAAAUCCCUGAAAGAGAAAAGACUCGGUCCUUGUCUCCAUCAAAUCAAUUAAAUGAUUCCCCUCCUUUAAAAAAGAUAGAUGGGUCACCUGUGUUCAAGUCUGAAUUUAUAGAACAUGAUUGCCACGAUAGUAUUAAAGAACUGGACUCUUUAUCCAAAGGGAAGAAGGAUGAAUUGAGAAGUUUUUGUCCCCUUGAAUUCAAUGUAAAUGGAUCUCCUGGGGCAGAAUCUGACAUGGCAACAUUUUGCACUUCUAAAACAGGUGCUGUUUUGAUGACUUGUGAUGAUAGUGUGAGUGGAUCAGAGGUGUCCCCUUUGGCUACGGUGUGCAUGCUCUCAUCAAAUGGCUAUCAGAGUAUCAGCAAGUGCAAAGAGAAAGACUUGGAUGAUAUAUGCUUGCAGCAUCCAUCAAAAAGUCCACUGAGAGAAACAGAAUCUCUAGUGUCCCCACACGAUAAACUCACCUCUUUGCCAGUCAUAACUAUAGAUUAUUCCAGAACAGUAGUUAAGGAAGCCUUGGAGAAGAGAGUUUCUUGCUGUAAAACCAAAGAUUCAGAUAGAUACUGUACUGCAGAUGAGAGUACCCCUUCUUUCUGUUGUUCUGAAGUUGAAAACGUUGAGCCUUCAGUUAGGAAGAUUUCAUCCAAUAGCUUUAUGAAUGUGCACUUAGAAUCAAAAGCAGUCUUAUGUGAUAAUAGAAGUCUGACAGAUCAGCACUCAAAAUUUGCAUGUGAAGAGUAUCAGCAGAGCGUCGGUAGUACUAGUUCAGCUUAUGUUAACCAUUUUGAUGAUUUAUAUGAACCUAUAGAGAGUUCAGACAUCGCUUCAUCUCCAGGGAUAAAAGCGGACAGUUUAGCUCUUUUGCAAGGUGAUGAGGACACCUCUCCAGUUCCGGAUGCAGUGCUGACAGAUAAAAAUAGUACAGAGUUUUUAAAGCAUGCCGAAACAACCAUCGAAGUGGAUAGUGGCCUUCCUGAUUCAAGAAAGGGAUUUGCUUCCUGGGAAAACAGGCAUAAUAAUGGAUUAUUAGGUCAUGGUUUGCAGGAGGCUCAAGAAGAAGGGAAUUCCAUAUUGCCUGAUAGAAGAGGAAGACCAGCCAUCUCUUUGGAUGAGGAAGGAGAAAGGGGACAUGCACAUACUUCCGAUGAUUCAGAAGUUGUAUUUUCUUCUUGUGAUCUGAAUUUAACCAUGGAAGACACUGACGGUGCACCUUAUACCUUAAAGUGUGACAGUAGUGGUCAUGCUACUGAAAUUGUGUCAACUGUCCAUGAAGAUUAUUCUGGUUCUUCGGAAAGUUCAAGUGAUGACAGUGAGUCAGAAGAUACAGAGUCUGAUGAUAGCAGUAUUCCAAGAAACCGCCUCCAGUCUGUUGUGGUUGUGCCAAAGAACUCUACGUUGCCCAUGGAUGAAACAAGUCCUUGUUCUUCUCGGAGCAGCCAGAGUUACAGACAUUAUUCCGAUCACUGGGAUGAUGAGAGAUUAGAGUCAAGGAGACAUUCAUAUGAGGAAAAGUUUGAGAAUAUGACAAGUAAAGGCUGUCCUCAAACUGAGAAGUUCUUUCUUCAUAAAGGAGCAGAGAAGAAUCCUGAAAUUUCUUUUACACAGUUCAGCAGAAAACAGGUAGACAAGCAUCUGCCUGAAAUUGCUCAUCCUCAGAGUGAUGGGGUUGAUAGUACAAGUCAUGCAGAUGUGAAAUCUGACUCUCUAAGUCACCUGCAUUCGGAGGACAUAGUAAAAGGCAAAACAUCUAGGCAACAAGAAGAGCUUCCAGUUUAUUCUUCGGAUGAUUUCGAAGAGAUACCAAGUAAAUCCCGGCAACAGAUCCCUUUCCCUAACCGGCCAGAUAGCAGACUGGGGAAAAUGGAGCUAACUUUUUCUUCCUCUUGUGAUAUCUCCCGCAUGGACAGCUUGCAUUCCUCGGAGGAGCUCAGAAACCUGGGCUGGGACUUUACUCAACAAGAAAGGCCUACUACUACCACCUAUCAGCAGCCUGACAGCAGCUAUGGGACCUAUGGGGCACACAAAUAUCAGCAAACUGCCGAACAGUAUGGCGGGCCCCGUCAUUACUGGCACAGCAAUGGCUACUGGGACCCGAGAUCGGCGGGCAGGCCUCCUGGAUCUGCAGUCACUUACGAUCGCAUGCAGGGUCAGGUGCCAGAUUCCUUAACCGAUGACCGUGAAGAAGAGGAGAAUUGGGAUCAGCGGGGUGGAUCCCAUUUUGCAGGCCAGUCCACCAAAUUUCUUCUAUCCCUUCAAAAGGACAAGGGCUCUGUGCAGGCGCCAGAAAUAAGCAGCAAUUCCAUCAAAGACUCUCUAGCUGUGAACGAAAGGAAAGAGUUUUCUAAAAACUUUGAAAAAAAUGACCUCAAAGAGAGAGGGCCUCCCAAAAAACGGAGGCAGGAGUUGGAGAGCGAGUCUGAAAGCGAUGGUGAGCUUCAAGAUAGAAAGAAAGUCAGAGUGGAGAUAGAGCAGGAGGAGACAUCGGUGCCACCACACUCGGAGCUGAUCGGGCCUUCCUGCGUCAUGGGUGACUUCAGGGACCCACAGCGGUGGAAGGAGUGUGCCAAGCAGGGCAAGAUGCCUUGUUACUUCGAUCUGAUUGAAGAAAAUGUUUAUUUAACGGAAAGGAAGAAGAAUAAAUCUCAUCGGGAUAUUAAGCGAAUGCAGUGUGAGUGUGCACCUCUUUCCAAAGAGGAAAGAGCUCAAGGUGAAAUAGCUUGUGGGGAGGAUUGUCUCAAUCGCCUCCUCAUGAUUGAGUGUUCUUCCCGAUGCCCAAAUGGGGAUUUUUGUUCCAACAGACGGUUUCAGAGAAAACAGCAUGCAGAUGUAGAAGUCAUACUUACUGAAAAGAAAGGCUGGGGCUUAAGAGCUGCCAAAGACCUGCCUUCGAAUACCUUUGUCUUGGAAUACUGUGGAGAAGUACUUGAUCAUAAAGAGUUUAAAGCUCGAGUGAAGGAAUAUGCACGAAACAAAAAUAUUCACUACUAUUUCAUGGCUCUGAAGAAUGAUGAGAUAAUAGAUGCUACUCAGAAAGGAAAUUGCUCUCGUUUCAUGAAUCACAGCUGUGAACCAAACUGUGAAACCCAAAAAUGGACUGUGAAUGGACAACUAAGGGUUGGGUUUUUUACAACCAAACUGGUUCCAUCAGGCUCAGAAUUAACGUUUGACUAUCAGUUUCAAAGAUACGGAAAAGAAGCUCAGAAAUGUUUCUGCGGAUCAGCAAAUUGCCGGGGUUACCUGGGAGGAGAAAACAGAGUUAGCAUCCGAGCAGCAGGAGGGAAAAUGAAAAAAGAGCGAUCUCGAAAGAAGGAUUCAGUAGAUGGAGAGCUAGAAGCGCUGAUGGAAAAUGGAGAGGGUCUGUCUGAUAAAAACCAGGUGCUCAGUUUAUCCCGGCUCAUGGUGAGAAUUGAAACUUUGGAGCAGAAACUUACCUGUCUUGAGCUCAUUCAGAACACGCACUCACAGUCCUGCCUGAAGUCCUUUUUGGAACGUCAUGGGCUGUCUUUGUUGUGGAUCUGGAUGGCAGAGCUUGGAGAUGGCCGGGAAAGUAACCAGAAGCUUCAGGAAGAGAUUAUAAAGACUUUGGAACAUUUGCCCAUUCCUACUAAAAAUAUGUUGGAGGAAAGCAAAGUCCUUCCGAUCAUUCAACGCUGGUCUCAGACGAAGACGACUGUCCCUCAGUUGAGUGAAGGAGAUGGAUAUUCCAGUGAGAACACAUCCCGCGCUCACACACCGCUCAACACGCCCGAUCCUUCCUCCAAGCUGACCGCAGAGGUGGACACAGAUACUCCCAAGAAACUCAUGUUCCGCAGACUUAAAAUUAUAAGUGAAAAUAGCAUGGACAGUGCCAUCUCUGAUGCAACCAGUGAGCUAGAAGGCAAGGAUAGCAAAGAGGACCUCGAUCAGUUAGAGACCGUCACUGUAGAGGAAGAAGAGGAGCCGCAGCCACAGCUCCUCCCACAGCAGCUGCCCGAGCCCAAAGUUGAGAGUGAAACUCCCACAGAGGCCAGUAAGCCGCUCACAGAGCCAGAGGCGGACGUUGAGAUGGAGGCCAAAGACAGCAAUGGCACCAAACUGGAAGAAAACAUUGCUGAGGAGACUCCAUCUCAAGAUGAGGAGGAGGGUGUGUCCGAUGUGGAAAGUGAGAGGAGUCACGAACAGCCAGAUAAGACUGUGGAUAUAAGUGAUCUGGCCACCAAGCUACUAGACAGUUGGAAAGACUUGAAGGAGGUGUAUCGAAUUCCAAAGAAAAGUCAAACUGAAAAGGAGGGCACAGUAACUGAACGAGGAAGGGAUGUUGUUGCCUUCAGAGAUCAAACAGCUGCCCCAAAGACUCCCAACAGGUCAAGAGAAAGAGACUCAGACAAACAAACACAAAAUAAAGAGAAAAGGAAACGAAGGGGCUCUCUUUCACCACCUGCUUCUGCCUAUGAGCGGGGAACCAAAAGGCCAGAUGACAGGUAUGAUACACCAACUUCGAAAAAGAAAGUUCGAAUUAAAGACCGCAAUAAACUUUCCACCGAAGAGCGCCGGAAGUUAUUUGAGCAAGAGGUGGCCCAGCGGGAGGCCCAGAAGCAGCAGCAGCAGAUGCAGAACUUGGGCAUGACGUCCCCGCUACCCUAUGACUCUCUGGGCUACAACGCCUCCCAUCACCCCUUUGCUGGCUAUCCACCGGGGUACCCCAUGCAGGCCUACGUGGACCCCAGCAACCCCAAUGCUGGGAAGGUGCUCCUGCCCACGCCCAGCAUGGACCCCGUGUGCUCUCCUGCUCCUUAUGACCACGCCCAGCCCUUGGUAGGACAUUCAACAGAACCUCUCGCUGCCCCUCCGCCGGUGCCAGUGGUGCCACACGUGGCGGCCCCCGUGGAAGUUUCUAGUUCACAAUAUGCGGCCCCGACGGAUGGUGUGGUACACCAGGACUCCAAUGUUGCGGUCAUGCCCGUACCAGCCCCGGGCCAAGUCCAGGGACAGAAUUACAGUGUUUGGGAUUCAAACCAGCAGUCGGUCAGUGUACAGCAGCAGUACUCGCCUGCACAGCCACAAGCAACCAUCUAUUAUCAAGGACAGACAUGUCCCACUGUCUAUGGUGUGACGUCACCCUACUCGCAGACAACACCACCAAUUGUACAGAGUUACGCCCAGACAAGUCUUCAGUAUAUCCAGGGACAGCAGAUUUUCACAGCACACCCGCAAGGAGUGGUGGUCCAGCCAACCACAGCUGUGACGACAAUAGUUGCCCCAGGGCAGCCUCAGCCCUUACAGCCACCUGAAAUGGUUGUGACAAACAAUCUACUGGAUCUGCCACCGCCCUCUCCUCCCAAACCGAAAACUAUUGUGUUACCUCCCAACUGGAAGACAGCUCGAGACCCAGAAGGGAAGAUUUACUACUACCACGUAAUCACGAGGCAGACUCAGUGGGAUCCUCCUUCUUGGGAAAGCCCUGGAGAUGAUGCCAGCCUUGAACAUGAAGCUGAGAUGGACCUGGGAACCCCAACAUACGACGAAAACCCCAUGAAGACAUCGAAAAAGCCCAAGACAGCCGAGGCAGACACCUCCAGCGAGCUGGCGAAGAAAAGCAAAGAAGUGUUCCGAAAAGAGAUGUCUCAGUUCAUCGUGCAGUGCCUGAACCCCUACCGGAAGCCUGACUGCAAAGCCGGCAGGAUCACCACCACCGAGGACUUCAAGCACCUGGCCCGCAAGCUGACGCACGGGGUUAUGAACAAGGAGCUGAAGUACUGUAAGAACCCCGAGGACCUGGAGUGCAACGAGAAUGUGAAACACAAAACCAAGGAGUACAUCAAGAAGUACAUGCAGAAGUUUGGGGCUGUUUACAAACCCAAAGAGGACACCGAGCUAGAGUGACUGUGUGGGCGCAGGUGGCCGGCUGGGCAGUCGGGGUGGGGGGGGGGAUUCGAGGGAGAAGAAAUCCUUCAGCCUCUGCCCCGCUCCGUGGCCAGCACCCCGGCCAUCCAAAGCUGCAGGAGUCAACAGAGCUUGAGCUCCAGCUCCAAGUCGCCCCCCAUCCCCGUUGUGAGCUGUUGGGAGGUGGUCAGGGGCCAUGGGAAACAACCCCCCCCCCACCUGGGGAACACCCUGGCCAGACCUGACCCCAACCUGUGACCUGGGUCUCCUCCUUGGCGGUGCUGUCAGCGCACAGACCCAUGCGCAUUCCCCCCCCUUGACCCCCGACCCUGACCAUCUGUAUUAUAUUUUAAUGUAUAUGUGAAUAUAUUGAAAAUAAUUUGUUCCCUCCCCCCAGCCCCGCCCCAGUUUUUGUUUUUUUUUGUUUUGUUUUUGUUUUGUUUUGCUUUUAGCCUCCAUGUGCUAGGAUCACAGGAAAACUUUGUAAGGACGGUUUAAGUUCUCCUGCAAGGUUUAAUUUGUUAUCAUGUAAAUAUUCCGAAGCAGGCUGCCUUGUGGUUUUGGCCAGCCUCGUGCUAUGUUGAUAAGAUUGAUUUACUGCUUAAAAUCACUUUACUUUAUCCAAUUUUUACUGAACUUUUUAUGUAAAAAAUAAAAUCAAUUAAAGA